CCUUGGCCUUUCUGUGGGCAUACCAGUGUCAGCUGCACUUGUAGGGGCCCAAGUGCCUCAUGACCCACUCCGCAGCCUUCCUCUCCAGGAUCCCCAAGGCUAGGAGGCCAACCUACUAACAGCAGCCUGCCUGCAGCCGUCCUGGUAGAACAGUGUGGACAUUGCAGAAGCUGUCACUGCCCCAGAAAGAAAGCACCCCAGAGCCAAGGCAAAGAGAGCUGCAGUAGCCUGGAGGUUCAGAGAGCCGGCUUGGGGCUGCUGGGGCGGCGGCCGCAGCACAGUGACAGUGACAAACACAGAGAAGAAGACACCAAGUGGAUUCUGCUUCCCCUGGGACAGCACUGAGCGAGUGUGGAGAGAGGUACGGCCCUCGGCCUACAAGCUCUUUAGUCUUGAAAGCGCCACAAGCAGCAGCUGCUGAGCCAUGGCUGAAGGGGAAAUCACCACCUUCACAGCCCUGACCGAGAAGUUUAAUCUGCCUCCAGGGAAUUACAAGAAGCCCAAACUCCUCUACUGUAGCAACGGGGGCCACUUCCUGAGGAUCCUUCCGGAUGGCACAGUGGAUGGGACAAGGGACAGGAGCGACCAGCACAUUCAGCUGCAGCUCAGUGCGGAAAGCGUGGGGGAGGUGUAUAUAAAGAGUACCGAGACUGGCCAGUACUUGGCCAUGGACACCGACGGGCUUUUAUACGGCUCACAGACACCAAAUGAGGAAUGUUUGUUCCUGGAACGGCUGGAGGAGAACCAUUACAACACCUAUAUAUCCAAGAAGCAUGCAGAGAAGAAUUGGUUUGUUGGCCUCAAGAAGAAUGGAAGCUGCAAACGCGGUCCUCGGACUCACUAUGGCCAGAAAGCAAUCUUGUUUCUCCCCCUGCCAGUCUCUUCCGAUUAAAGAGAUCUGUUCUGGGUGUUGACCACUCCAGAGAAGUUUCGAGGGGUCCUCACCUGGUUGACCCAAAAAUGUUCCCUUGACCAUUGGCUGCGCUAACCCCCAGCCCACAGAGCCUGAAUUUGUAAGCGACUUGCUUCUAAAUGCCCAGUUCACUUCUUUGCAGAGCCUUUUACCCCUGCACAGUUUAGAACAGAGGGACCAAAUUGCUUCUAGGAGUCAACUGGCUGGCCAGUCUGGGUCUGGGUUUGGAUCUCCAAUUGCCUCUUGCAGGCUGAGUCCCUCCAUGCAAAAGUGGGGCUAAAUGAAGUGUGUGAAGGGGUCUGCUAAGUGGGACAUUAGUAACUGCACACUAUUUCCCUCUGCUGAGUAAAGCCUGUCUGUGAUUCCCCCAAACAUCUGGCAUGGCUCCCUUUUGUCCUUCCUGUGCCCUGCAAAUAUUAGCAAAGACGCUUCAUGCCAGGUUAGGAAGGCAGCAUUCCAUGACCAGAAACAGGGACAAAGAAAUCCCCCCUUCAGAACAGAGGCAUUUAAAAUGGAAAAGAGAGAUUGGAUUUUGGUGGGUAACUUAGAAGGAUGGCAUCUCCAUGUAGAAUAAAUGAAGAAAGGGAGGUCCAGCCGCAGGAAGGCAGAAUAAAUCCUUGGGAGUCACUACCACGCCUUGACCUUCCCAAGGUUACUCAGCAGCAGAGAGCCCUGGGUGACUUCAGGUGGAGAGCACUAGAAGUGGUUUCCUGAUAACAAGCAAGGAUAUCAGAGCUGGGAAAUUCAUGUGGAUCUGGGGACUGAGUGUGGGAGUGCAGAGAAAGAAAGGGAAACUGGCUGAGGGGAUACCAUAAAAAGAGGAUGAUUUCAGAAGGAGAAGGAAAAAGAAAGUAAUGCCACACAUUGUGCUUGGCCCCUGGUAAGCAGAGGCUUUGGGGUUCUAGCCCAGUGCUUCUCCAACACUGAAGUGCUUGCAGAUCAUCUGGGGACCUGGUUUGAAUGGAGAUUCUGAUUCAGUGGGUUGGGGGCAGAGUUUCUGCAGUUCCAUCAGGCCCCCAGGUGCAGGUGCUGACAAUACUGCUGCCUUACCCGCCAUACAUUAAGGAGCAGGGUCCUGGUCCUAAAGAGUUAUUCAAAUGAAGGUGGUUCGACACCCCGAACCUCACCUGACCUCAACUCACCCUUAAAAAUGCACACCUCAUGAGUCUACCUGAGCAUUCAGGCAGCACUGACAAUAGUUAUGCCUGUACUAAGGAGCAUGAUUUUAAGAUGCUUUGGCCCAAUGCCUAUAAAAUGCCCAUUUCGAAAAUAUACAAAAACAUACUUCAAAAAUGUUAAACCCUUACCAACAGCUUUCCCCAGGAGACCGUUUGUAUUACCAUUACUUGUAUAAAUACACUUCCUGCUUAAACUUGACCCAGGUGGCUAGCAAAUUAGAAACACCAUUCAUCUCUAACAUAUGAUACUGAUGCCAUGUAAAGGCCUUUAAUAAGUCAUUGAAAUUUACUGUGAGACUGUAUGUUUUAAUUGCAUUUAAAAAUAUAUAGCUUGAAAGCAGUUAAACUGAUUAGUAUUCAGGCACUGAAAAUGAUAGUAAUAGGAUACAAUGUAUAAGCUACUCACUUAUCUGAUACUUACAUUUACCUAUAAAAUGAGAUUUUUGUUUUCCACUGUGCUAUUACAAAUUUUCUUUUGAAAGUAGGAACUCUUAAGCAAUGGUAAUUGUGAAUAAAAAUUGAUGAGAGUGUUAGCUCCUGUUUCAUAUGAAAUUGAAGUAAUUGUUAACUAAAAACAAUUCCUUAGUAACUGAACUGUCAUAUUUAGAAUGGAAGGAAAAUGACAAUUUGUGAAAGUUCAAAGCAACAGUGCAAUUGAAGAAUUGACCUAAGUAAGCUGACAUUAUGGUUAAUAACAGUAUUUUAGAUUUGUGCAGCAAAAUAAUUUCAUAACUUUUUUGUUUCUGUUACUUGGAUAAGAUCAAUCUGUUUUAUUUUAGUAAAUCUUUGCAGGCAAGUUAGAGAAAAUGCAGUGUGGCUUAACGUCUCUUUAGUAUGAAGAUUUGGCCAGAAAAAGAUACCCAGAGAGGAAACCUAAGAUAAUUAUAAUGGUCCAUACUUUUUAUUGUAUGAAUCAAACUCAAGAAUAACAUUGGCCAAGGAAAAUUAAAUACCAUUGCUAACUUGUGAAAUGGAAGUCUGUGAUUUCAGAGAUGGAAAGCAUUGUAGUAAAAACACCAAUGUGACCUCGACCAUCUCAGCCCAGAUAUCAUUCAUAUAUCUGUUCAAUGACUAUUAAGGUGCCUACUAUGUGCUAGGCACUGUACUGGAUACCGGGGACCUUGUCUGUCUGGUUUGCUGCUGUAUCUUCUCCCAGGGCAUUAUAUUUAUGAUGAAAGAUGCUGUGGAUUCAAUUCUUUCAGUCAAGAAUAAACACAGACUUUGUAGGUUCCUGCUGAAUAAAGCAAAUCCCAGAAACCCAGAUUUUGGAAGAAUCAGCAACCCCCAGCAUAAAAUAAACCCCUAUCAAAAUGUCAGAGGACAUGGCAAGGUAAACUUAGCAUUUUCAACUUUAGAACCAGGUCAGCUUCAGGGGGACUGCUUUCAAAUCAGCCAAAGAGCCUGUCAGAUCUUCUUAGAAGGAAGAGGUUGGUAGUUCCCUGCUCUGUUUUGAACAUGCUCUAGUUUAUUAACCUGGGGACAUUCCCAUUGCUGUCUUAAGUAAGUCUCAUAGCCAGCUCCUGUCACGUGAUUCUCAUAUGGAUUCAUUUUCGGGCCAGCUCUGAACAAAGCAUCAUGAACAUAUGUGCUUUUGGUCGUUUGCAAUGUGAUGGUGGUGGAGGUAGGUAUUGGUUUCCUUGGAAGGCAUGAUAAGAAAGAUUCACUAUGGCCAACAGUGUGUAUGAACAAAAAACUGAUUGGAGCAUCAGCUAUUACUGAAGGUCCUUGCUUUGUGUCAGAGGCAAAGGAACCCAAGUCGCCAAGUCCUCAGCCUUGAGUGUACUGCUGACAACUAAACUCACAGGCUGCAAAGCAGACCUCUGAUGAAGAUGCCUGUUAUUUCACAUCACUGUCUUUUUGUGUAUCAUAGUCUGCACCUUACAAAUAUUAAUAAAUGUUCCAAUAAUAGGUGAUAA